UUGGUAAACGUGCACAUAUUACACAGGCCAUUUAUGUAAUUACACUUAACAAUUAGUCGCAUAAAUUAUAAAAUAAAGUCAUUAGGGAGUAGUUGGUGACAUUUCGGGCUUAACUCUGACUCACAUAGCUUCCGUAGCAAGGAACCGACAACAAAAACACAACCCCCGCGCAGUGCCAAAAGCUCUGUGUUAUUGAGAACCCCAUCAAAGUCAAAGAAGUCGAAAAAAAGUCGAGCGAAAUGAGAAGUGCUGGCAGGUAAACAACAAUCAGUUCCCCUUUGUAAGCCACAAACAAACAGAAAAAAAGAAGUUGGCCUGGUCCAAACUAAUUGCCUGAAAUGGGCUAGAUGGGGAAAAAACAAAUACACGCUGGCGAGAGUGAGAUAAAAACACCGGGGCAAACCGGCCCGAGCAUUCAGUUCUCUUUCGGACGACAGAAGCGGCGGAUCGUUAUUUCGAUAUUUCAGCCGUGGCUCCGUUCACAUCAAAUCGCACUUUCCAAAUAGAACGCUAAAAUCCCCAGCCAGCGUUAAUUUUUGCAUACAAUGGAGUACCUGAGCUACGUGUACGAGAAAAUCUUCGGGGGCAAUCCUCCCACAGACGACGACACGCAAGGGGCUUUCCACACACCCCGCAAGGUCAUUUGCUUUGGAAAUGUCCUCCUUGACCGACUGGUCAAACUCGAGGAUCCCCAACUCCUGGAGCGAUUCGGACUGGAACUGGGCUCCAAGGGCGAACUGGACAUGGAGAAACUCAACCAGCUGGCGGCGGAGGCUUCAGAGAGCUCCCAGUGCCUUACAAAUCCGGGAGGCUCUGCUCUCAAUACCGCCCGCAUCCUGAAGCAACUGGGCACAGAUGCCCUCUUCUUUGGCGCCGUUGGAGCUGAUAAGCACGCUGAGGAGCUGCGAUCGAUCUUCCGGGAACGCGGCAUCGAGGCCAGGUUGCAGACCGUCGAGGAUGCGCACACGGGUCAGUGUUUGUGCCUGGUGUACCAGGAUAACCCCACGCUGUACGCCAACAUCGGGGCCUCGGCCCAGUUCGAAGUGCAGACCUUGAGCCACGCCGUCAGUCACGAGGGUCAGAGCUUCCUGCGACCCGUGGAGCGCAAGCAGAUACUGUACGUGGAGGGCUUCUUCGUGCCCCAGAGGAGCGAUGUGUGCGACUACAUAGUGCAGCACCUGGUGAGGGAGCGUCGGCGACUGGCCCUCAACCUCAGUGCCCCCUACAUCGUCCGGAAAAACCCCCAGGCCAUGCUGAAGCUGGCCCGCGUUGCCUUCUUCCUGUUCGGAAACCGCCAGGAGUUCGAGGCGCUGGCCGAGGCAGCGGGUGGAUUCCGAAAUGUCGAUGAACUGGCGCGGGAUCUCCUGAAGUCCGGUGGCACAAAGGUCAUCUUCGUCACCAACGGCAGUGCCGGCGUCCAGGUGAUCACCAACUACGUAGAGGAGCUGGCUCCUCCCGGACCCAUCAGCUUUGAGGACUACAGGGCGCAGCGCGUGGAACAGUGUGUGGAUGCCACUGGCGCUGGCGACGCCUUUGUCGCCGGAUUCCUGCACGCCUGGCUGGAGAAGCGCUCGCUGGGCGAGUGCAUCCGCCUGGCCUCCAACGUGGCCGCCAAGGUCGUCACCCAGGUGGGGUGCAAUCUGCCCUAAACCGACGACCUGCAUCGCAAUCUCGGAAAGCGCACAAUCAAGCACCAAAGUAGACUCAUAGCUUGUAAUUAUUCCUACAAUCUCCACAAACCUUAGGCUUAGUCAAACAGUUAUUAGCGGUUUCACCGAAGCAAUGAACUUAGUCAUAAUUUGACUAAUAAAAGUGAUUUAUAUAUCGUCCAAUGCAAGAUAA